AAAGUAAAAACGAAACAAACAGCAUUUCAUUACUUCAACAUAUUUCUUUACCGAUUUCAUUUCAUUUCAAAGCACAUUUCAACACAAAAUCCCUAAAGUACAAAGCAGGAAACAGCAACAAACUUGUAUUGCAUAAGCUCCCUCGUGGACAAUGAACACUAUUCAUUCCAAUCUUCAACUUCUUCAUUAUCUUCCAUAUUGUACCUGCUGAAGUGUUCAACCCUGAAUUUCCACUCCCCUUUCACUGGAUUGUAUGAUACGAACUCGGCGCCUUGAGCCUCUGUCUUCUUCCUUAGCAACUACUUGUACUUCGCAACUUUAGGCCCUUCGGUAUAUCGAUGCACAGUUUGCUUGUCUACACAUUUGGUGUUGAGUAUUGUUACUUCAGCAGGCUUAUUCAGACCUUGCCCACAAGGAGGUUUUUUACUCUCAUCAAGGUAGACAAUCACCUCACGAUUGUUAAACUGAACAAUGGAUUCUAGAUCGAGCUUUCGCACGUCUGUUUCACCAAAGAAUUUGAUGCUUCCAUAACCAUGGCGACCCACCACAAAAUCUUUAACAUGGCGACAAAACCCAGAGGCCGUGUGUUUGGCCUUAGUUUUCAAGUAUUUACUAGUUUGUACGGAUAUGAUGAUGACGCUAAAGGGGUGUCAACCUGGUUGAAAUGUCCAGAUUUCUGCAAUGUAAAUGGAGACGGGUUUCCUUGUUCAAGCCUUCAUUCCAAGCUUGUUCUCUGUAUUCUGCAACCGCUGCUCCCAAAUAUUUGGAUGGAGUUGAAAAUGAGAAAAGGGAGAUUGAUUUCAACCGAAUUUUCCUUUACUGCACAAAAGUACACCUUGCUAAGCAACUCCAUGCACUACUUGUGGUGUCUGGGAAGACCCAGAGCAUCUUUCUUUCUGCUAAACUCAUAAAUCGCUAUGCUUUUCUUGGUGACAUACCACAUGCUCGUCUUACUUUUGACCAAAUUCAGACAAAAGAUGUCUACACAUGGAAUUCCAUGAUAUCUGCAUAUGCUCGAAUUGGUCAUUUCCAUGCAGCUGUAGAUUGUUUCAAUGAAUUUUUGUCAACUUCUUUUCUUCAGUCUGAUCAUUACACAUUUCCACCUGUUAUUAGAGCAUGUGGAAAUCUAGAUGAUGGGAGGAAGGUACAUUGUUUGGUUCUAAAAUUGGGUUUUGAAUGUGAUGUCUAUAUUGCGGCUUCUUUUAUCCAUUUUUAUUCUCGGUUUGGCUUUGUCAGUUUAGCUUGUAACUUGUUUGAUAACAUGAUGAUUCGAGAUAUUGGUACUUGGAAUGCCAUGAUUUCAGGGUUUUAUCUUAAUGGUAAAGUUGCAGAAGCAUUAGAAGUCUUUGAUGAGAUGCGAUUCAAGAGUGUAAGUAUGGAUUCUGUAACAAUCUCAAGUUUACUCCCUAUUUGUGUGCAGUUGGAUGAUAUAAUUAGUGGCGUCCUAAUUCAUGUCUACGCCAUCAAGCUUGGGUUGGAAUUUGACUUGUUUGUGUGUAAUGCAUUGAUAAACAUGUAUGCCAAAUUUGGUGAACUGAGAAGUGCAGAAACCAUUUUUAAUCAAAUGAAAGUUAGGGAUAUUGUAUCUUGGAACUCUCUGCUUGCUGCAUUCGAGCAGAAUAAAAAGCCAGUGAUAGCUCUUGGGGUGUAUAAUAAGAUGCACUCAAUUGGUGUUGUACCCGACUUAUUGACACUCGUGAGUUUGGCUUCUGUUGCUGCUGAACUUGGCAAUUUUUUAAGUAGUAGGUCUAUUCAUGGAUUUGUUACAAGGAGAUGUUGGUUUCUACACGAUAUUGCCCUUGGUAAUGCGAUUAUAGACAUGUAUGCAAAGCUCGGUUUUAUAGAUUCAGCACGAAAAGUUUUUGAAGGACUUCCCGUCAAAGAUGUGAUCUCAUGGAAUAGUUUGAUAACAGGUUAUUCUCAAAAUGGUUUGGCAAAUGAGGCAAUUGAUGUUUAUAGUUCGAUGAGAUAUUAUAGCGGUGCAGUUCCGAACCAGGGCACGUGGGUGAGCAUUCUCACAGCACAUUCCCAGUUAGGAGCCUUGAAACAAGGUAUGAAAGCACAUGGUCAGCUGAUAAAAAAUUUUCUGUACUUCGACAUCUUUGUGAGUACUUGUCUUGUUGAUAUGUAUGGAAAAUGUGGAAAGUUAGCUGAUGCAUUAUCUUUAUUUUACGAAGUACCCCAUCAAAGUUCAGUUUCUUGGAAUGCCAUCAUAUCAUGUCAUGGACUUCAUGGAUACGGUUUAAAAGCUGUCAAGUUAUUUAAGGAAAUGCAAAGUGAAGGAGUGAAGCCUGACCACAUCACAUUUGUAUCUCUGUUAUCUGCUUGUAGCCAUUCAGGCUUGGUUGAUGAGGGCCAGUGGUGUUUCCAAUUGAUGCAAGAGACUUAUGGGAUAAGGCCUAGCUUGAAGCAUUAUGGCUGCAUGGUAGAUUUGUUUGGCAGGGCUGGCCAUCUCGAAAAAGCUUUCAAUUUUGUAAAAAAUAUGCCAGUACGACCCGAUGUUUCUGUGUGGGGUGCACUUCUUGGUGCUUGUAGGAUACAUGAGAAUGUAGAGUUGGUCAGAACUGUCUCAGAUCACUUGUUGAAGGUUGAAUCAGAAAAUGUUGGCUACUAUGUUUUGUUAUCGAAUAUUUAUGCAAAACUUGGACAUUGGGAAGGAGUCGAUGAAGUGCGAUCAUUAGCUCGAGACAGGGGAUUGAAGAAGACUCCUGGGUGGAGUUCAAUUGAAGUAGACAAGAAAAUUGAUGUCUUUUACACUGGCAAUCAAACACAUCCAAAAUGUGAGGAGAUAUACAGUGAACUGAGGAAUCUAACUGCUAAAAUGAAGAGUAUUGGUUACGUUCCAGAUUAUAACUUUGUAUUGCAGGAUGUUGAGGAUGAUGAAAAGGAAAACAUUCUCACGAGCCAUAGCGAGCGGUUGGCAAUGGCAUUCGGGAUUAUCAGCACGCCACCAAAAACAACCCUUCAGAUCUUCAAAAACUUACGAGUUUGUGGAGACUGCCAUAAUGCUACUAAGUUCAUAUCUAAAAUUACUGAAAGAGAGAUCAUCGUAAGAGAUUCAAACCGAUUCCAUCAUUUCAAAGAUGGAGUUUGUUCUUGUGGUGAUUACUGGUGAUAUUUUCGUAAAGAACAUACAAUAAACAAGAUUCACUUAAUUCAUUUUUCUGUUGCGCAAACAUGAACGGGCUCAUAAAGCACAGUUAUGCUUUUAAGAUCUGGCAACUUUGUUUUUGACUGAUUAGGAGCUCCACUUCUAAUUUCUAACACAAAUUUUAUCAAUGUUUUAUAAUUUAAAGUGAAUAUUAGUUGUCUAACUGUGACUCAGUUUAUUUUGUGUCUGUUAUUUCUCCUUUCAUUCACUAUGUAUUUAUUUCCUAAAAAUGGAAAUGUUGUAAAGACAAUAAAGAUGAUUGGGUGGAGAUGAUGUUUGAAUGGCGCCAUUAUGUUUUCUUUAAA